UACAAUAAUACAAUAUAAUGAAGUGCAAAAUGAAAGCAGAAUUAAUGUUUUUGUAUGAUCCUAGUUGUAAAUCCGUAAGUAAACCGUCUGGCUGCUGUAACAUCUCCGACUGAACACUUGAAGGCGACACAUACAAAGUGUGACGCGGGGACACGGUCCAAAAACAAUGACAUCAUCGAAUUUCGCAUGUAAACACAGCCGCAUCCUUUAUGAAACCAAGGAAAAAAAUUAAUUUCAGAAUAGCAGCAGCGGAGGAUAUCAUACAUUUACAUUACAUACAUUUAGGCAUUUGGCAGACGCUUUUAUCCAAAGCGACUUACAUUGCUUUAUCCUAUACAUUUUACAUAGGUAUUUGCAAUCCCCUGGGAUCGAACCCACAACCUUAACGCAAUGCUCUUACCACUGAGCUACAGGAAAGCUAUCAUAAAGCAAGUUUUGAUUAUUUAAUUUGAAAACAAAACGGACAAUAAAUAUGUCAUUAUUGCUAAUUCGACUAAUAGAAAACGUGUACAUAAGUAUAAGAUAAAGAUUUUUUAAACGAGAAGCAUGUCAAAGCAAAUAUGCAAUGCAUAGUGUAUGUGUGUGUUCCUGACACGUUCAAAACCUUCACGCAUUCAAAACAUUUGUACCACAUGUAAAUAAAGUUUGUGGUCAGAACAACACCACAUAUUACAGUUCUAUUGUAAUCUUCGAAACCACCUCAGUGGAGCAGUGUGUAACUUUAAAUGGAACCCGUGCUGUGAAAGCUGUCACUCAUGUCCCGUAGCCCCGCCCCUUCCUGCAGCACUCGGGCGCUUCACCGACAGAGGCAUAACGUACAGCACACUCGCGCAAUCUGCACGCGCAAAUGAUCGGAGACAAAAUGGGAUAACCGUGUGAAUCGUCAGAGGUUUUCAUCGCUCACAAAAGCAGCAGGAGCAAGCAACCAACCAUCCGAGGGGAGUGUUUUCUGUCAUUUACGUUUAUUUUUCAAUAUCCAUUCUCCACAGACGCAGGCACAAAGGGCUUCGGGGAUGAUGGUGAUAAAAACGAUAUCGCACUACGAGCGCAGGACAACGGGAACGCAACGUCAUAAACACGACGCAACCUUGUUCAAAGCUGCCAGCUUGAUUUAAAAAGCGUUUUAUUUGAGUGUUUUGUUCAUCCUGUGUGCUCUGGAGAACAGAUGCUGUCAUUGUGUCCGAGAUUUGUGCUCGUGAUAUUUCGCGAGCGGUCUCGUCGGAAUGUUACGCGAGAUGAGAACGUGCGCGUCUGUAUUGUUUCCGAGCGAAAUGCUCAGUAACGGUCAUUCUGACAGCGACGACAAUUUUGCAAAAGAAAGAUUGAGACUUUUAACGACCAUUCCUGGCAAAUCAUGAACGACGUGUUUUGUAAACAUUUGCAUUAAACGUUAUUUAAAUUCGCCCUAUUAUGAAUGGGAAUUGGCGAUUUUUUCUUACUCUUGUCAGAUUUGGCUAGCAUCGCGUAAUUUCCCACGUUGUCGGUGUUUUUCUGAGCAAUUUGAUAUUUUCUCGCACUAGUUUAAGUGAAUACGUUGAAUGCCAACAAUGGUGGAGCCUGUAGGAUUCAUUGAAGCGUGGAAAGCGCAGUUUCCAGAAUCGGAGCCCCCCAAGAUGGAGCUGAGGUCUAUUGGGGGCAUCGAACAAGAACUGGAAAAGUGUAAAGUCUCCAUAAGACGAUUGGAAAUGGAGGUAAAUAAAGAGCGUUUCAGAAUGAUCUACCUUCAGACGCUGUUGGCAAAAGAGAGAAAGAGCUACGACAGGCAGAGAUGGGGCUUUAGAAAGCCACCUCACAUGAAUGAAGGGGACCAACAAGCUGUGGGGCCCGAUUCUCAGCAUCUCCAUCCACAGGAGCACGGACAGGCAGAGCGAAGGUUUCAGCCUGCGGGGGAGAUCAGAGCGAAGCCACGACCUCCCCCUGCCAGGAAGUCAGCCUCCCACGGUGAUGGACUGGAGCUGCAAUCAGCAUAUGAGGCGCACCAGGCAGGGCCGGGCGGUGAGGCGGAUGGGCUCUCGCCAUCCACACAGAGGGGCGGGGUCUCCCCUCGGAGGCCCCAUCCACCUCCUGACAAGGAACUGCCUUCAGAUCCGUCCUCCAAAGAUAAGCUGGGCAUGGGGCUCGGGGUGGCGGCCUUGCGUUCGAACUUUGAGAGGAUCAAACGGGCUAACUCGCACUCUGCCAGUGAUGGCAAGGGAAGCCAAGAGAAACCUUUUUAUACCAACGUGGAGUUUCAUCAUGACAGGGGCUUGGUAAAAGUCAAUGACCGUGAGGUUUCCGACAAGAUCAGCUCUCUUGGCAACCAAGCCAUGCAGAUGGAACGGAAAAGAUCUCUACACUCACUGCCGGGCAACCUCGCGACGGUGGCGGGCGAUUUGCGCACAAGACCUGUCUACAGGGGGCGCUCUACAGAAAGCACCUGCGGGUAUGAUGCUGAGUAUGAGGAUGGAGAACCCAGCCCUCGGUAUUGUAGAGACAGUGCAGCAAGACCCAACGGGGGUAAGCCACCACCGCCGCCAUGGCAACCAUCUGAAUUCCAGCCAUAUACCAGUGUUUACGUCGGAGGGUUGAUGUCAGAAAGUGGUGAUGGUAGGGUCACUAUGCGAGACCACGGAGGAAGCGAUGACCACCUCACCUGGCCGAGAAGGUCUUACUCACCUGGAAGUUUUGAGGAUGCUGGGGGUGGGGGAGGAGGGUACACGCCAGACUGCAGCUCUAAUGAAAACCUAACGUCCAGUGAGGAAGAUUUCUCUUCAGGACAAUCCAGUCAUGUGUCGCCCAGCCCUACGACAGCCUACCGUCGCCCCCUCCGAGAGAAGAGCCGCUCGCCCUCUCAAAACUCCCAGAAUUCACAGCACUCGUUUGACAGCAGCAGCCCCCCCACACCACAGACUCAGAAAAGACACCGGCAGCAACAUGUUGUGGUGUCCGAGGCCACAAUUGUAGGUGUAAGGAAAACAGGACAAAUCUGGCCCCAUGAUGGAGACUCUAUUGCUUCCAGCAGGGCAUCCCAUGACAACAGUUACCAUGGAGAUCUAGAUGUCCCAUUUACAAACACUCCACCAACCUACGGUUACGAUGCGGACAGAGCGGAAGAGCAACGGCGACACCAUGACAUCCUGCCCUACAUCGAUGACUCGCCCUCCUCCUCGCCUCACCUCAGCUCCAAGAGCCGGAGCAGCAGAGACACCCUUUCAUCCGGCUCGCUUGAGUCCUCCAAAUCUGCGGAGCUGGACCUGGAGAAGGGGCUGGAGAUGAGAAAGAGGGUGUUGUCUGGAAUCCUGGCCAGUGAAGAGACCUACCUCAGCCACCUGGAGGCGCUGUUACUGCCCAUGAAGCCCCUGAAAGCAGCGGCCACCACUUCGCAACCUGUGCUGACUGUUCAGCAGAUAGAAACCAUCUUCUUUAAAGUGCCUGAGCUUUACGAGAUACACAAAGAAUUCUACGAUGGUCUUUUACCCAGAGUGCAACAGUGGAGUCACCAUCAACGCGUUGGAGACCUUUUCCAAAAACAAGCGAGCCAGCUCGGAGUGUACAGGGCCUUUGUGGAUAAUUACGAACUAGCUGUGGAGACCGCCGAGAAAUGCUGUCAGGCAAACACGCAGUUCGCCGAAAUCUCUGAGAGUCUCAAGGUCAGGAGCAGCAAGGAGUGCAAGGACCUGACUGCCAAACACUCCCUGGAAACUCUGCUCUAUAAACCCGUGGACAGAGUGACCCGGAGUACACUUGUUUUACACGAUCUACUGAAACACACACCCUCUAGUCAUCCAGAUUACCCUCUGCUGCAAGACGCCCUCCGCAUCUCGCAGAACUUCCUGUCCAGCAUAAAUGAAGAGAGCACACCCCGCCGCCAGUCCAUGACCGUGAAAAAAGGAGAGAACCGUCAGUUGUUGAAGGACGGCUUCAUGGUCGAACUGGUGGAAGGAGCAAGAAAACUACGCCAUGUUUUUCUCUUCACUGACCUCCUGCUCUGUGCCAAACUGAAGAAACAGAUUGGAGGGAAGAGCCAGCAGUACGACUGUAAGUGGUACAUUCCUCUUUCGGAUUUCACCUUCCAGACAGCGGAGGAUUCCGAGCCUGUAACUAUCCCACAAGCCCCUGAUGAGGAGCUAGAUACCAUUAAGAUCAAGAUCUCAUCCCUCAGGAGCGAUAUCCAGAAAGAGAGGAAGGCCAACAAAGGAUCAAAGGUCAUGGAGAGACUGAGGAAGAAACUGUCCGAACAGGAAUCACAAUUGCUGCUAAACUCUCCUAACAUGCCCCUCAGAGUGCAUCAUCGCAGUGGAAAGAGCUACAUGUUUCUGAUCUCAUCAGACUACGAGCGUGCCGAGUGGAAGGAGGUGAUCCGAGAACAGCAGAAGAAAUGUUUUAAGAGCUUUAGCCUGACAUCCGUGGAGCUUCAGAUGCUCACAAACUCUUGUGUCAAACUCCAGACGGUCCACAUCCCCCUCACCAUCAAUAAAGAGGAGGAUGAAAAUACUGGACUGUAUGGAUUCCUGAAUGUAAUCGUCCAUUCUGCCUCUGGACUUAAACAGAGCUUAAAUCUGUAUUGCACAUUAGAGGUGGACUCCUUUGGCAUCUUUGUGAAUAAAGCCAAAACAAGAGUGUACAGAUACACCACAGAACCCAAAUGGAACGAGGAGUUUGAGAUCGAGUUGGAGGGCUCCCAGACAUUGCGUCUGCUGUGUUACGAGAAGAGCUACAACAAAGCUAAGAUGAACAAGGAGGACGGAGAGAGCACGGAUAGAAUAAUGGGCAAAGGACAGAUGGCGUUGGAUCCUCAGAUGCUCCAGGGAAAAGACUGGCAGAGAACAGUUAUUCCUAUGAACGGAAUCGAGGUGAAAAUAUCCAUGAAAUUCACCAGCCGGGAGUUCAGCCUGAAGAGGAUGCCAUCACGGAAACCCAUGGGUGUGUUUGGAAUAAACAUCUCCUCAGUGACCAAACGGGAGCGCUCUAAAGUGCCAUACAUCGUCAGACAGUGUCUGGAGGAGAUCGAGAGAAGGGGAAUGGAGGAAGUGGGAAUCUACCGCGUCUCGGGUGUGGCCACUGACAUACAGGCGCUCAAGACAGCCUUCGACACCAAUAAUAAGGACGUGUCUGUAAUGAUGAGCGAGAUGGAUGUGAACGCUAUCGCUGGAACUCUCAAGCUGUAUUUCCGGGAGCUCCCUGAGCCUCUGUUCACGGAUGAGCUCUAUCCGAACUUCGCAGGAGGCAUCGCGCUCUCAGACAGCGUAGCUAAAGAGAGCUGCAUGCUGAACCUCCUGCUAUCUCUGCCAGAGCCAAACCUUGUCACCUUCCUCUUUCUGCUGGAUCAUCUUAAAAGGAUCGCAGAAAAGGAGAGUGUGAACAAGAUGUCGCUUCACAAUCUGGCAACUGUGUUUGGCCCCACCCUGCUACGACCCUCAGAGAAGGACAGCAAGAUCCCCACCAACCCUACACAACCCAUUACAAUGGGGGAUAGCUGGUCUUUGGAGGUCAUGUCACAGGUGCAAGUUUUGCUGUAUUUUCUCCAGUUGGAGACCAUCCCGACACCAGACAGUAAGAGACAGAGUAUCCUAUUUUCCACAGAGGUGUAAGACAUAUUUCCGUUGUCACCCUUGUGGGAGUGAGAGAAAGAGCAGGCAUUCCCAUCCACCAGGUAUAAUGGACACUGGAAUGCACAACAGCGACACCUGGGUAAAAGUGUGUUGACUUUCAAUCACUUUCAAGCGGUAGUCGCUAGGGGGCGCCACAGCCCUUUUUAACGCUGAGGAACUUGAAAUACUGAGCACAUCUUGAAUACUACAGAACCCUAAAUGUACCUUAAAAGAGCUUACCUUGCUCUCAACAUCAAUGUCAGUUCAGCACCUUCGCUCUUCAUGGUGUGAGUCCACAGAUCGUGUUUGAUUUUGGAUCCCCGAGCAUGCUUGUGUGUCCUGUACACAGGCCUUUAACUGUCAGCCGGUGACAGGGAAUCCUCUCAUAUCAACUACUCUGGGAUUUCUUUGUCAUGUUUGUCUUACAUUGUGUGUAACCAUUGGUCACUUAUAAAAACUUUUUUUUUCUGUGCUGCUACAAUUCAGGAUUCAGCUCCAAACUGUUGGAUUUUGUGUCAGGAUUCAGUAGACACCCAAUGGUUCUUAUUUGAACCCUUGAAGAUAAAUAGGUUAAUACUCUAAAUGUUUCGUCAACCAUUUAAAGGAUAUCAUUUAAAAGGAUUCUUGUGUAGAAGAUGCUGUUCCGUUCAGUUAUUGUCAGUGUUGAUGUGAUUUUAAUUUAAGUGAUGUAACAUUGAGAAACAAUCCAGUAGUAAUUGAUCCGAGUUCAAUCUCACGUAUAUUUUAUUUGUUUUGUACAUUAUUUGCCCUUACCUCUCUAUCAAGCAAUAUUUAAGGAUUGAUUUUUGUGUUUACACAUUUAAAAACAUAUUUCUUUAAUCUUUUUGGAGUUUUUAUUUGUGAGAGAGAUCUACAGUAGUAUCAUGACCAGAAGGUGUCUAUCUAUUUUUCUUUUAUCUGUUUUUACGUAAUACAUAUAGAAUAAUUAUGAUUAUUUAUUUGGGGACUGAUAUCAACAUUGGUGUCUUUUCAAAAUAUGUCUGCAUUUAUCAAUAACUUGAUCCUUGUUAUGAAGUACUGUAGCUUCCAUACAUAUCCUGUUCUAUUUCCCCGUGUCUUUCAUUUUUUGAUCCGAAACAUGGGUUCAUCAGAAAUGAUAUCGCAAGAAUAUGUUUAGCACAGUAUGUAUGAAAUAUGUCAUAAAUAAUUUGAUGAUGCUAAAAAUAGCACACAGUCAUGAGUGUUUCCCUGCUGUAUAUCCAGUGUUAAGAGAUGACCAAAUGGAGAGAUGCGUUUUAAAAAUCUUCCCUCUCUUCACAGUAACAUUGCUCUCUUAGUCUUAUUUUAAGACAUGAAGAAGAAACGCUGUAUAUAGCACAAACCGAGCAGGCGACACUAAUGUUGCUGUCACACUUGACUUCUGUCAGAUGUUUUGAUGAAGGAUAGGUUAUUUUCUGUAACAAUGCAGUACUGCAUUGUCCUGUUUGCAACAAUAAGAGCUCCUGCUUAUAUGUAUUGUGUUUUUAUAGCAUUUCUGUUAAUUCUGUAAAAAGUAAAAUGUAAUGCUCUUAAGUUGUUUUAUUUUCAUUCCAAGAGGUGCUUUAGUUACUUUAUUUAACAUGCAGGCAUGUUUAUUUCUUAAAAGCAUUUUUUUUACAUUUGUUUUAUAAGUGUUGUUUGAUGCAAUAGUAAGAUGGAACCAAAUUCUGGCAACUGUGUGCAGUAAAGUGCGUUUCCAUUAUCGCCAUGACAAUUGUUUGUUGUGUCUGGCUGAGUUUGUCUUAAACCUCCAUUGUCUGAACUAAAUUUAUAUGCCCUGCGUCUUACACCCAUCCCAACUUAAUACAACAAUCAUUCAAAGUGUUAAAUCAUCAUUUUCAAGCAGGUUUGGAGAUUUCACUCACACGUGACCCACUGUGGAACUGACAGAGCAGUUUCCUCUCUGCAGUAUAAACUCUUGGCAUAAAUCAAAGAAAGUAAAAAACUGUGAUCUUUUAGAAGGCAGGUAAGCAUAGGUGAUACAAAGCAUUCCCAAUGUGUCCAUUUUAUUUCAUGUGCUUCUUUAGAUUGUUGAAUGUUACUUGGUUAGGAAUAUAGAAACAUGUUCCAGUUAUAUGGGAGUGAUGCUGCGCAUGAUAUUUCUUUCAACUGGACAAAAUUACAAAUACUGACAAAACAUUGUUUAUAGAACUGUUCUACAGAGCGUGAUACAUUUUCUUACAUGACCUGUCAUCAAAGUCUGGUUUAUGAUACAUAAUUUGUUAUUAAGAGUGAUGCGCACUUAAGCCUGAAGUGUUGGAGGGACAAAAUUUGCAAACAUAAAUAUGUUCUGUUUAAUCCACAAGUGUAACAGGUAUUAAAUGCACUGCUAGAGGUCAUCUGUAUCAUCCAUUUUAGUGAUAUAAAGCUGUUUAUGUUGAAAUCUUGCCUUUAACACAUUAAGAUAUGCUGGACAGCCACUGGGACAGGCUAUGGAUUCUUUCCCCUUUUCCAAGUUUUUGUCGCUAUUUAUUCUUGCUAAUAUUAUCUUAAUGUUCUGGUUAUAGGACUGUACAAAUAGAUACCGAUUUCUGCAGACUGAAACGUUUGGAAGGCAUUUGCGGCCUCUGUUUAUACACAAAUGUUGAAUAAAACCUGUAUAUGAAUA